CUCUGUGUAAGUAAAACUGUACGCUUGCACCCCAAAUGUCUUUCGAUCUGCUGGCCGAGUUUGGCAGCGGAGGCCAGCAGCCGCCGCCGCCGACACAGCAAACCCCACGUCCGCUUCCCCCGCAACAGCAGCCGCAACGCCAGCAACAGCGCUUCUCGUUCUUCGACGAUCUCGCCGAUUUGAACCCAUCUUCCGCCAAUGCUCAGGCCCCUGCCCCUGCCCAAGCUAACGACGAUUGGGGUGAUUUUGAGGAUGCCACUCCAGCCGCGACUUCUAAAAAUACCCAGCCGUCGGAUCCUUGGGAGUCGCUCCGCGCCUUUGCAUCACCCUCGUCGGCCUCCACCCCACCCGUCGCAAAGGCUCCAACACCGGCGCUGAACACGGCCCCUCCACAAAACGACCUGUUUGAUUUUGGUUCCUGGGACCCUCCGCAGACACAGACGCCGAAGCCAGCCGUGCAACAGACCCCCACGCCGGCCCCGCCACGUGAUCCGAAUGUCUUGUUUGAUGCUGAGAACCUCUCCGUCUCCGAGGAGGAGGACGACGAUUUUGGAGACUUUGAAGGCGGAGCCUCAACCACGGCCUUGAACAUCGACAGCCUCAUAGACGAGCUGGAGCUCAGUGAUCCACUAAGCUCACUUGCUCCAUCUUCCAAGAAGACCGAUUGGAAGACAAACACUGUGGCAAAAUUCGCUGCACAAGGACGCUCGGCUGCCAGUCCCAUCAAACCAGCAGCUGUCAAGACACCUCCGAAGCCUCAGGUCGCCAAGACGCCAAAGCCAGCUCCCAAGCCAACACCAAAACCGGUCCACAACCCUCUCGAUGAUUGGGACGACUUCACUGAAACCACUCCCGCUUCGUCCGCAUCCCAGCCCUCCGCCCUUCCCAUCCCCCAACCUCGCACCAUCUCCGAUCCGCGCCCCGGCGAGCUUCCCCCCACCAACAUUCCUCCGCCUGCUCUCCUUCUCACCCUGUUCCCACCCAUCUUUUCCGCUGCCCAAAGCUCCCUCUUCCAGCCCCUUUCGUCGCAACCACAAGACAUUAAGAACAAGAUCCUUGCCGAUACAGCUACGUUUCGUUUCCUCCACGGCUAUCUAGCCAUUGGCACGGUGGCCGCGCGUGUCAUUGCGGGACGCAAGCUACGCUGGAAGCGCGACACGUUUCUCGCGCAGGGCAUGCGGAUUGCACCCGCAGGGCGCCAGGGCGGCAUGAAGCUGACGUCAAUCGACCGCAGCGAGUCGACCAAGGAAGAUCGUGAGGCGGCGGACGUGGUGAGGGCAUGGCGCGAGCAGGUGGGACGGCUGCGGACCGUAGCGGCAUCGGUCAACUCACAGGUCGGAGGGCUCGGACAUGUGCCCGAGAUGGCGGAGACGAUGGCGGUGCGGACGGCCAAAGAAUCCGAGGGCGCGGUGACAGCGCUGAGACAGUGUGCGUUGUGCGGGCUCAAGCGGAAUGAGCGGGUGGGCAAGGUGGACGUGGAGGUGGAGGAUAGUUUUGGCGAAUGGUGGAUGGACCAAUUGAGCAUGCAUCGAGCAUGCAGGAACUUCUGGGAGGAGCACAAGGAACGGCUGCGGUGAGAGGCGGCGGAGGGGGGUGCGGGUGGCGAACAUCUGGCGGGUAAGGUGUGGAGUGGAGAGCUAUCAAGCUAUGGCAGAUGCGCGAUGAUGCAGGUUGGGGAAG